UUUUGCAGAUACUAUAACUGCAUAUCAUUUCCCGGUUGUUUCACUGGGGGUAUCCAAAUCCACUGCCCUUCACAGCUCAAAACGUUUGAGGAGUAUCCCAUGGCCAGCAUGACUAAAAGUCACCAAGACAGUCAAACAGACAGUGGGAUGGUGCUGGCAUCAGAAGAGCUGGAAAGGAUAGAGAAAGAACACAGAACGGAAGGAGGACACAGUAAAGGGUCUCGGAGAAACAAGGACAUGACACCAGAACACUCAUCCCCGUUCCACAGGAGUCAGGCUUCAUACCCACCCCACACUGGGGGCCAGACAUUUUACAACAGUGAAUAUGGGGAGCUCUCAGAACUGUCAGAGGGGGACAGCUAUACUCCCCCUGGGGGUUGUGCCAGCCCCAGGAUCAUCCACGCAUCGUUCUUUUCAGAUGAAAACUAAGGACCUUUCAGGCAAGGAGAGGCCCUGAAUAUAUUUGUGGGACUUUCUGCUCUCUAAAUAUACACUGCAUACAACAAACUGAAGGGGAAACAAAUUGGCUUCCUCCCCACAAAAAGGCUGAGACAGAGAUGCUGGACUACUCUCCUGUUACAGCCACUGGACACACACAGAAGUGAUAACAGGACAAAAUGGACUUUUAUGCCUAAAGUUUGAGAAUCUUUGAAGGGAAAAAAAGAUGUUUAUUUGCCAUCAACAUUGCCCAUUGGCUACUAAAAAGGAUGCAGCAUCUGCAUAACAUUUAGAUACAAAACCAGUUGUUCCUAUAAGUGACCAAUCAAAUACACUACAGAAAUUACCUGUUUUGUUUUAAACCAUGCAGUGAAGUUAGGAAGUUUAGGAAGGCUCUAGAUCUGAAACAUGGGAAAUAGAGGGUACAGUAGUUACAAAUCUCACUGCAUGGGUGCUAGUAACUAUAGUCCAUAAAGUUCAAAAGCAUAGCUCUCAGCAGGACUUAGUAAUUAAACAAAACCUUUUUUAUUCAUUAGUAGCCCAAUAUUUCAGUCCCCACUUGUCACCUUUCAUAAGGGAAAAUAAAAUGAACUUUUGCUUUGUUUUCACUUGAGAAAAGUGAGGGGACAAGUGGUGACUGGAAGCCAGAAGGCUAAAUAAAGUGGAGGUACUCUUAACCCUAGGACAUGGCAUAAAAAGGAAGGAAGACAUGAUAUUAAGUGCACUAAUUAUGGUUAUAAAUGGAAAAGACCAGAUAAAACUAAGUCACACUGCCACAUUUUGAGGCUGGUACUGUCUGACAAGCAAAGCCAAUUUGGGGCAUUUUGACUGCAUUUUUUAGCAAGUAAAAACACAGUGGGCAAAAUAACUCCCAGGAUGCCCUAUGUGCUAAUGCCCUUUAAAACAUAUUUUCAGAUUUCUGUGUCACCAUGGUCACUGGAAGAGAUGAGCAAGAUCAUCGGAAUGAGACCUUUCUUGUGAAAGGUAGAAUUUAAAAGCAAAGUCUAUUGAAGGUAUAUUGAAGGAAGAUUAUACAUUUACCCCUUAACAUGUCCAUUUGAAAAAAACUAAUGGAAAAUAAUAAAAUAAGGUUUAACCAUAUGCAUGCUAGCCAUCUUGGAACGUGCUGCACCACAUAGGAUUGACAGUCUAACAGAAUCUAAAGGGUUAAAUGCCCCUUUGAGAACAACAUUCUUUAAUGUAUAGGCUCACAGCUGCAGUAUGCUUUCCUUCCAGCAGAGGGAGUACAGUGCUUCCAGCAUUCCUCUUCUAUUGCCCAGUAAGCGGUAUAAAAGUGCUACACUCUCACCGACAUUCCAUAUAUUAAAUAAUCAGUUCAACAACCCCCUUUUUUUAAAAAAAAUAUGUGGAUGGGAUCUUAAAAAUGAACACAAAGAAGAGGAAGUGACAUGCACCGUACAGUUGCAAUGCUGAUGUUUGUUUUGUUACAUAUAAUAGAUACCUUUAUAUAUAAGUAUAUAUAUGAGUAUACAACA